AGAGAGAACGUAAGGCUGCUGAUUGAGAGAGGGAGAGAAAAAAGAGAGAAAGAGUCACAUCACGCACAGAGACCCAUGGUGAGACUGCACACUAUGUAAUGGAUGAUUCCCAUCAUGAAACGCCCCCCAUUAAAGAGCUGGAGAAAUUACUGUAUGGAGGGAAGAGAAGUGGAAAUCACGUGGAUGAAGUUUGGCCCAACCUGUUUCUAGGUGACAUGUGUGUAGCCAAUGACCGGUUCAUUCUGUGGAAGCUGGGCAUCACUCACGUCCUGAACGCAGCCCAUGGAAAGAUGCACUGCCAGGGCAGCCGUGAGUUUUACGGAUCAGCGGUCGAGUAUUACGGAGUCCCAGCAGACGACUCACCGUCGUUCAACUUGUCUGUUUAUUUCCAGCCUUGUGCUGAUCAUAUUCAGGAGGUCCUCAACUGUUUGGGGGCACGGAUGUUGGUUCACUGUGCCGUAGGUGUGAGUCGCUCCGCUUCUCUGGUUCUGGCCUAUCUCAUGAUCCAUCAGCACUUUUCUUUACUGGACGCUGUGAAAACCAUCAAACAACAUCGCUGGAUUUUCCCAAACCGGGGAUUUCUCAAACAGCUACGGGCUCUUGAUGCGACGCUGUGCCGUGUGAAGUGAUGGUGGAAUAAAACACGACAUUUUAGUUUCGUGAUGCAGCUCCCAAUGAGCAUUGUUGAUCAGUCAUAGCUCAGAGAAGUUUUGAGAUGUUUUUCAUUUAGGUAUCAAUUUAGUCUCAGGUGUUCUUCCUAAAACUGCUCACAUGAAGAGUCUGGAGGUGUAAAAUGAACGAAGAGAGGUGAAAUCAUCUGGAUUUGGGUAAAUUUGAUGAGAAAUGUUUAAGACAUUCAAUCAUAUUGACUUUUGAUCGCAGACUUGAGAAAUCUGAGCUCAGUUUGACACAUUGUUGACAUCUCUUCUGAAACUGCAAUGACAGACACAUUUGUGACUCUUUUUCUCUGAAGAAAUAUCUGAGACAAAGACACUUAAGCAAAAGUUUCCAUUCGCUCUCCAUUUAAUCUCAUU